ACAGUCUAGGGCUCCCUGCUGAAAAUCCUACUGGAUCUUCUAGUGACCUGCUGUUCUUUCCUGCUUUCCUGUUUUUUUAUUUUUUUUAUUUAGAUUAAAGGCAAAGCUCGCUCUCUGUCAGUUUUUCACCCUCUUUUUUUAUUUAUUUUGUAUUCCAACAGAGAAGGCAACCCUUCAGUUUCAGGUUCUGCUCUCUCCUAUGAGAAGAAGAGGGCUGGAGGUACUGUAGAUUGUAGGUGAAUUUGGAUGGAGGAGUGUAGUGUUUGUAUCUUGUUGGAGGGGUUGGUGAAGGGACAGGAAAGAGGGGGUACUUGGGUGUAACGCUCAAGCUUCACUGCCAUGUCAGUGCGUGUGGACUCUAACUGAUCACAGAGCGAGAGAGAGAGAGAAACGAGAGUGAGACUUUGGUUAUACCGAGGAAACGGGAAGAAGGAAAAGGAGCCUGAGUGUGAGUGUGGGGAUUUGUUUUACCGUGAGACUCGUUUGACGGAUGCACUGACAGACAGAGCUCUCCCAGCUGUGUCGACAGGCUCCGUGUCAGACAGAGACAGAGCAGAGCUGAACGGAAAGAAGAGAAGAGAGCAGGACUGGGCAGGAGGGAGGACUGCUCUCUCCAACCUUGCCUGAGACCACACCAAAGCAGGGGGAAAGCUCUGGACUGGGCUGUGUUCCUGGUGGAGGGCAGAGGAGUUGAGGGCCAGGGGACGGGCACUGACCUGGCCAUCAAACAGACUGUGAACAUAUCCUCUCCUGGGACCAUGUACCCUCAGGGCAGGCAUCCGGUCCCUGUUCAGCCUGGCCAGUCUUUCAAGUUCACAGUCCUGGAGACCCUGGACCGCAUCAAGGAGGAGUUCCAGUUCCUCCAGGCUCAAUACCACAGCCUGAAACUGGAGUGUGAGAAGCUGGCCAGUGAGAAGACAGAGAUGCAGAGACACUACAUCAUGUACUAUGAGAUGUCCUAUGGGCUGAACAUAGAGAUGCACAAGCAGGCGGAGAUUGUGAAGCGUCUCAGUGCCAUCUGUGCUCAGAUCAUCCCCUUCCUAUCUCAGGAGCAUCAACAGCAGGUGGUCCAGGCAGUGGAGAGGGCCAAGCAGGUCACUAUGGCCGAACUCAACGCCAUUAUCGGGCAGCAGCAGCUCCAGCACCUGUCUCACCACACCCCAGGUAUUCCCCUGACUCCCCACCCGUCAGGCCUCUCUCUGGGGGGAGGCUCAGGUCUGCUGGCCCUCACUGGAGCCCUGGGGGUCUCAGCCCACCUGGCCUCCAAGGAUGAACGCAACCACCUGGACCCUGAGCACCUAAGAGAGGCUGCACCCAGCAGGAGUAAGUCUGUGUCGUCGACAGACAGCCAGCCAGUGGAGGAGCGCCAGGGCCCGUCGGGAGGGUACUCCUCCUCUCAGGGAGGGGGCGACACCAAGAGGAGGCGCUGUGAUGACAAGGAGCCCCUCCCACCUCACUACGACAGUGAUGGGGACAAGAGUGAGGAUAACCUGGUGGUGGAUGUCUCUAACGAGGAGCCCACGUCCCCUGCAGGCAGCCCCCCUCACUCCCCUCAUGGGAACGGUCUGGACCGGGCCCCCACCCUGAGGAAGGAGUUACCAGGGUCCCCCAGGAGUCCCGGGGUGGUCCCGUCCUCCCCCCUACCACGCAGCCCCACACCGGGCAAGGCCAAGGACCCAGCACAGAUGGAGAAGUCUGGGUCUUCGUUGUCUAAGUCGAGCACCCCGUCCCCGUCUCACCAUGAGGCUCUUACCCCCGGCCCCGCCGGCCCCAGUACGUCCUGCCUCCGCCUGGUCAGCAGGUCUGCCUCCUCCACUGACCCCCUGGCUCUCCGCAGUCCUCUGUCUGUGCCCCCCAGUUUGUACCCGGCUCAAUUUGGGGUGGUGUCACACGCAGGCCUCAAUGGGGAGCUAGCCAGUCCUGGGGGCUUCGGGGGCACCCUAACCCUCUCGCCCCAGAUCAGCGCCGUCGCCAGCGCCUACACCCGCAGCCCCUUGGCUCUCCAGGUGGCGUAUGAGCCUCGGUCCCACCUCAGGGCCCCAGGGCUGUCCUCCUCACUGCCUGGUGGAUCCUCCGGGGGAAAACCUGCCUACUCUUUCCAUGUAAGUGCGGAUGGACAGAUGCAGCCGGUGCCUUUCCCUCCGGACGCCCUGCUGGGCCCGGGCAUCCCGCGGCACGCCCGUCAGAUCCACACUCUGAACCAUGGAGAGGUGGUGUGUGCCGUUACCAUCAGCACCUCCACACGCCACGUCUACACCGGCGGGAAGGGCUGUGUCAAGGUGUGGGACAUCAGCCAGCCUGGAAGCAAAAGUGCCAUGGCCCAGCUCGACUGUCUGAACAGGGAUAACUACAUCCGCUCAUGUAAGAUUCUCCCUGAUGGGCGGACACUCAUCGUUGGAGGCGAGGCCAGCACACUGUCAAUCUGGGACUUGGCCACACCCACUCCCCGAAUCAAGGCGGAGUUAACGUCUUCUGCCCCGGCCUGCUACGCUCUGGCCAUCUCCCCCGACAACAAGGUCUGCUUCUCCUGCUGCAGCGACGGAAACAUCGUAGUCUGGGACUUGCACAACCAGACCCUGGUUAGGCAGUUCCAGGGCCACACUGACGGGGCCAGCUGUAUUGACAUCUCCAACGAUGGGACCAAACUGUGGACGGGGGGGCUGGACAACACAGUACGCUGCUGGGACCUGAGAGAGGGACGACAGCUGCAGCAGCACGACUUCACCUCACAGAUCUUUUCUUUGGGCUACUGUCCUACAGGAGAGUGGCUGGCAGUGGGUAUGGAGAGCAGUAAUGUAGAAGUGCUGCAUGUCUCCAAACCAGACAAGUACCAGCUGCACCUCCAUGAGAGCUGUGUGCUCUCACUCAAGUUCGCCUCCUGUGGCAAGUGGUUUGUGAGCACAGGGAAGGACAAUCUGCUGAAUGCAUGGAGGACUCCAUAUGGAGCCAGUAUUUUCCAGUCCAAGGAGUCCUCGUCUGUCCUGAGUUGUGACGUGUCACCGGAUGAUAAGUACAUAGUGACUGGUUCUGGAGACAAGAAGGCCACCGUGUAUGAGGUGGUCUACUGAGAACAGGAAAUAAGGGGGGGUGGUGGGGUUACCUACUUCAGGCCUACAGCAGGGCAGGUGGGGGCUACUAUGGCUCUUUUGUACAGUAGCAAUGCUCCCCAGCUCAGGCUCCCAAAGGACCCUACUACAACACCCCUCCUCCUCCUCCUCCUCCUUCACCCAAUCUCAGCUAGCUGCUCAUCCCAGCACCUACACCCGCACCAUAGCCCUGAGGAUGAGGCAGGGUAGAAAGAGGGAGAGAUGUGUAGAGAGCAAGGGAGAGUUAGAGGAAGACAGAGGGCUAGAGAUAACGAAAGAAGGAAGGAGAGAGUGAGAAAAGGAGGAGGGUAAUUAGUGCUGUUUUCCGAUUAAGAGCUCAGCAGAAGGGAAACCCCAGAGGAGGAGCGUGCCACUCUGGGAGCUGCAGCGAGGAGCACUAAUACCAGACAAUCGAUUCAUUAGUCAGACAGUGGAACCCUUAAUGAUGCCAACGCUGCGCCACAGCUCCCCAGCCAAGUGUGUCAGGAGCUUGGGAGAGCUAGCACUGUGAGCCGGGCUGGAGAAGUGCUGGAGCUCUGCCCCAGAGAUAUACCCACAACACAAAGAGAUACACACACACACACACAGCCUUGCACCCAAUUAAAUAUUCAUAGCAGCGCUCCCCGUCUCACUCCCCUAAUAUCUAUUUUAUUUUCGUCUCACAAAGGCCACGUUUAAUGAGGAGCAGAGUCAAUCUGAGUCUCAGCGGGCCCCUGUGCCACAAACACUAAACAGACAGGAGCAACACUGUGCUGUGCUGUGCUGUGCUGUUCAUCUUAAUGCGUACCAAUGGAUUGUUCUCCUGACACCGCUCACAACUUAAUGCUCAUUUAACUUCCCUGUUUAAUACUACAUGCUUCAACGUGUAGCAAAUAAGGAAAUUGAUGAUAUCCAUGUAUAUUGCAAAACCCUGCUUCAAUAGAACUUGUCACAGAGCUUAAUGUGUAGAUUUGUUUUAAGUCACGCUCAAGCUACUUUUAAUAGUCGUUUUGUUGCAGUAAUGGUUGCUUUAUGUUAAGAGAAAGCUAUGUUUGCCUACGCCUGUACUUUGGCCUUGGAGAGCAAGAGGAAGUGAUACACACACUCCACGACCUAGUGGAACACACAAGGGGGUUGAGGGAAAUAUAUUUAUGUCUUUGUUUAUUCUUUUUUUGAAUCUGAUGUGUCCUCCUUGGUGAUAGGCAGUGGACUGUACUACCCUUUCACAACAACACAGGGGUUCUGAAACUGGCCCACCAUUUUGGGGAAGGCUUGUUCUGACUCCUGCUUUUGUUCCCGUUUCAAGCAGAAGUGAUAACCGUACUUAUGUAUGUUUUCAGUCAUUAGUGUGUAAUGCUAUUUCAGUGUUUCUGUUCAGUCUGUAGUCAGUUAGUAUACAGCAGCAGGUGUUAGGUCAUGUGGCUGUGUUGGGGAAAGGUGAAGAGACAUUGGGAAGUCUACAGUAUAUGAUGCCUGCCUCCCACUCUCACUGCCUGUCAGCCAUAGACAGUCUCUUUCAACCCAAAAUCAAAUCACAUUUUAUUGGUCACACAUAUUUACCAGAUGUAAUUGCGGGCGACAGUCUCUCAGCUCACUGACCACGUUUACAUGCAUACAUAUAUUCCGGAUAGUAGCUCAUAUCCCGCUUAAGGUCUUAUUUGGGAUAAGCUGUUUACAUGCACCUUUGAUAGCCCACUCACGAGUAUCCCUGUAACCAUGAAUAAACAGAAUAUUCCUCAUUUAAGUUCAUAUGGGUUAAAUGGAAUAGCAACUGAAAUCUGGACACUGACUGUAGGCCUAUGACCUCUCACAUGUAGCAUAAUAUAUUAACUCCUGCAGAAUUAUGCAUUUCUUGCAGUAAAAUGAUAUAACAAAUGUUAAUUUUGUAAGGAACAGGAGUGAGAAAUAUCUCUUGAGAAAAUGCAAAUGCACGUGUAGUGUUAUCUUUGACACUUAUGCAAGCAGACAGUAUUUCAACCACAUAAAAUAUGCAGCCAAGACGAACUGAAUUCUUUUUAGAAACGCGUUUCCUCAUUUUCUCAGCUUUUCAAUUCCUUAAAACUUGUCAAACUGAUGACAUUUAGACAUUUUGCACAGGACCAAUCGUUCCACUGUUUGAGUUAUUGCGUUUUCUCCCCGGUCCCUAAACGAAAGACAACUUUACCGGUGUUAACUAGAUUACUAAUGUAUUCAUUCUAUUGAUGUAAGUAAGACAUUAUUCUGGUGAGCACUACUUUAUUUAGUAUUCUGUGGAACAAGUUAUGACAGAUUCAUGCAGCUUCUCUUCUAACUAGUUGACAAACAAAUGGCUUACCAAAUGUCAGAAAUUAUAAUCUGGCCUACCAAAUGUCAGAAAUAAGCAGAAACUUGUCUAAAUUAGGGGUGAAAGUAGCCAGUAAGCUAUACGUUCAUGUACGGAAUAUCAGCAAAAUAAAUUAUGGAAUUAUGGUGGAAAGAACUGCAGAGGUAGCCUACUUUUUGAAGUGAUUUGUUUGACAAUCAGAUGAAAACAUCACACAACACCCAUGAUAUGUGAAACUGAGCCUGUGCAGACUGCGAAAAACAGGAAAACGGGAUAAGAUGUUUAUAUGCCACAGGAUGUGGUCACUAAAACCUUCACAGCCCCUGCUUUCUCUGUUCCUACAGUUAAUUACUUUUGUUUUAAGUGCUCCAUUCAAGCCGUAGAGCGAUUUACAUUUAAAGGUCAUAUGCAGUGUUUCCCGUGAAUGAAGUCUCCGCGAAAGUGGGAACAUUGCCUUUAAAUUUCUACCGCACUGUAGCACAGGUCUUCAGUGCUACGGUUUGAAUAGAGCUCUUAUUUUGUUACUUUUAAAGCCAAGGAACAACAAAAAAAACGCAUUGUUUUCCUUCCUGACAAAUUUCCAAUAUGUUGUACAAGAAAUACUACGAUGGAGCCUGUGCAGACCGCGAAAAACAACAGUAAACAGGAUAAGAUGUUUAUAUACCACAGUAGCCCGUCUAAGAUUAGCAUAUCCCAGGCAUCUUAUCCGGGUUUCUCAUAACCGGGAUACAAGCCUUUUUGGGUUAUUGUAAACGGGAUAUGAUGUUUGUGUGUCAACUCAAAAACAAUACUUGAGUAUCCAGAAUAAUAAUGGGAUAUUGGAGUGCAUGUAAACGUGGUCACUAAAACCUUCACAGCCCCUGCUUUCUCUGUUCCUUUCUCUGUUUCGACAGUUAAUUACUUUUGUUUUAAGUGCUCUAUUCAAGCCGUAGCGCAAUUGAAAUUUAAAGGUCAUUUUCGAUCGAGCCGACAUAUGCAGUGUUUACUGUGAAUGAAGUCUGCGCAAAAGUGGGAACAUUGCCUUUAAAUUUAUACCGCACUGUAGCACAGGUCUUCAGCUCUAGAGCUUAGUUACUUUUAAUGCCAAGGAACAAAAAAAAUAAGCAUUGUUUUCCUUCCUGACAAAUUUCCCAUAUGUUGUACAAGAAAUACUACAGCUGGAAAAAUAAAGUGUUCAUCUUUUUCAAGUGCCGCUGACCAUUUGAGUAUUUAUUUUUCUUAUUGAAUGCAGUUUUGAAUGUUGGAGACGUGCAGUACAGUAUGAAAACACCAAGAACCAUACAAAAUAUUUUAUUGGUCUCAUUACAUCACCUAGAUCUACUCUUGCCCACAUCAUUCCCCCAGACCCUCCCAUCUUUCACCUGCCCCACAGGUCCAUUCCUUGGUCAGUACACACCAGCUCCCCAGCUAGAGAGAAUGUGGUACCUCCACCAUCCCAUAAUCCCCAGCUCCUCCAGGUAAAUGUUGUCUAGGCCAUGGCCACUUCAUCCCACUCUUAAUGAGUGUCCAUUAGAAGACAUGGCCCUGGGGGGCCUCCAUGACAUAGCUGGUAUACUCUCUCAACAUGUACUCUUCAGACCGUUCAGAUUUACAGGGGGCACUCAGUAGCUUUGAACACAUUGUGUUAUCAUUAUCCAUCUGUACACAGGCAGAACUGCCCACUCCUGGAACAUGUCCACCUUUGGAUAUAAGUCCUACUCAUGGUUGAGGCUUUGUUCUGAGCAGAGCUGUACUAUAUAUAGAGAGUGAGAGUACACAGGGUGUGUGUAGGGAAGGGUUGAGAGGACACUGAAGUUGGAGGCAGGUCCUCCUUGGGCUCACUUCCAGUUGAGGACACAAUGACAUUAAAAGCAGCAGACAGUCAGCCAGACUCCUAUCAAAGCUCCCACUGAGCUGUGUGGCUGCAGACAUCUUACCAACCUUUCCAGACCCAUCAGCCCUGUAUGGUGGUUAGUCACAGUCCUGUUUCUCUUGGGAAUAUGCACUUAAAGAGAUACUCAAAACUACAAUGUACAAAUGAAUCAUACCAUUUUUCUCCCCGGCUCUAAGCAAAUCCGACCCAUGUCCUUUUUUGCCUUUAGAGCUUUAUUUACAGUUGAUAUAUACCGAGUUCAAAGGUCACGAUGCAGUAGUGAAAAUACCUGUCUAUGUGCCCUAACAAAUACAA